AUGAACAUUUUGUAUACAAAUCGUUGGCAGGGAGGAAAAGCCUUUGGGCUGCUGAAGGCCCAGCAAGAAGAGAGACUCAGUGAAAUCAACAAGCAAUUCCUGGAUGAUCCCAAAUAUAGCAGUGACGAGGACCUGCCCUCCAAACUGGAAGCCUUCAAGAAGAAAUACAUGGAGUUUGACCUGAAUGGAAAUGGAGAUAUCGAUAUCAUGUCCCUGAAGCGAAUGCUGGAGAAGCUUGAGGUCCCCAAGACCCACCUGGAGCUAAAAAAAUUAAUCAGGGAGGUAUCCAGCGGCUCUGGGGAGACUUUCAGCUACUCUGACUUUCUCAAGAUGAUGCUGGGCAAGAGAUCUGCCAUCCUAAAAAUGAUCCUGAUGUAUGAAGAGAAAGCAAGAGAACAGGAGAAGCCAACGGGUCCCCCAGCCAAGAAAGCUAUCUCUGAGUUGCCCUGA